CAGACACGUCAUUCCUGAAACGAAGGUCCGUGGAUAAGGACCAUCCACCAUCCCCAUCCUACCCUGACGAUGACACCACACAACACCUCAUCACUCCCUUUUAUUCUAUUUAUAUUUCCAGAGCCGUCUCUUAUGAACAACAACUUCUUCUAUACCCAUUCGCAUUCCCAAGGCCUCAACAUAUCUAUAUUGUUGACUUCUGAAAUAACCAUUACUAAAACGAGGGAAGUUUCAUUCAAUUUGCUCUACCCAUUUCGUUUAAUAUAGCGUUGAAAUCAAAGCCCUUUGAUUUCUGCUUCGUUGCUCAUUCAGAUUUCACACCACCUAUAUCUAUAUAUACAGAAAGAUUGGUGAAAUAGAUUCCUUGUGUGUUCUGGGUAAAUUUGAAAUCAAGAGAUCUUUAUUUGUGAGAGCUGAGAUUACUGGAAAGAAUGGCGGCUUCUGUUGGGAUGAUUGGUGGUGUUGGUCCAUGUGGGUCGUCUUCUUCUUCUUCUUGGUCUCAAUUUAAGAAUGUGAAGAAGAACAAGAGGGCAAUGAGAGAUGGUGGGUUCAGGGUUUGUUGUGUUUCUUCUUCGACUGCGACCGAUCCCUACAAAACUCUUAGGAUUCAACCUGAAGCUUCUGAAUCUGAGGUGAAGAAAGCGUUCAGACAACUUGCUUUGCAGUAUCAUCCGGACGUUUGCAGAGGAAGCAAUUGUGGAAUUCAGUUUCAUCAAAUUAACGAAGCUUAUGAUGUUGUGAUGAGUAACUUGAGAGGAGAAACACCAGCAUCAGCAAGGGAUAUGUACCAGACAUACGAUGCAGGAGAAGAUGAAUCAAUGAGAGGGAUGAACGACCCCGAUUGGGACCUUUGGGAAGAAUGGAUGGGAUGGGAAGGAGCAGGAAUCCGCGACUACUCGUCUCACAUUAAUCCUUAUAUUUAGAAGAAUCAUCGAUUAAUGUUCUGUUCCGUUCAACCCACAUCUCUAAUGAUAGAUGGUUGGUGUUGAUGUGUUAUGUAUAUAAUGAAGUGGAAGCUAAAUUGCUGUUCCUCUGUGCAUAUAGCCUAAGAAUAUGGAAUUGUGAUCUGGGGUUUACCCCUUUGUACUUACUAAUCGUGUUAAUAAAAGAAAAAUUUUUACUUUGAGCAACAAUUUGCAGGGUGCUGUCACUAGUUUUGCUAAGAAGCAA